GCCGGGGCCCCGGUGGCGGUGGCGGUGACAGUGGCUCUGGGGGUGGCAGUGUCCCCAUGAUGUCCAAGCUGCUGCCGGCGCAGGAGGCGGCCCGGAUCUAUCACACCAACUAUGUGAGGAACGCUCGGGCCAUGGGGGUGCUCUGGGCUCUCUUCACCCUCUGUUUCUCCAUCCUGAUGGUGGUGACCUUCAUCCAGCCCUACUGGAUCGGGGACAGCAUCGACACGCCCCAGGCCGGGUAUUUCGGUCUCUUCUCUUACUGCAUCGGCAACGCGCUCACCGGCGAGCUCAUCUGCAAGGGCAGCCCCCUCGACUUCGGCACCAUCCCCUCCAGCGCCUUCAAAACAGCCAUGUUCUUCGUCGGCAUUUCCACCUUCCUCAUCAUCGGCACCAUCCUCUGCUUCAGCCUCUUCUUCUUCUGCAACGCGGCCACGGUCUACAAAGUCUGUGCCUGGAUGCAGCUGGCAGCAGCUACCGGGCUGAUGAUUGGCUGCCUCAUCUACCCCGAUGGUUGGGACUCAGGGGAGGUCCGGAGGCUCUGUGGGGACAAGACAGACAAAUACACCCUGGGUGCCUGCACCGUGCGCUGGGCCUACAUCCUCUGCAUCAUCGGCAUCCUCGAUGCCCUCAUCCUCUCCUUCCUGGCCUUUGUUCUGGGGAACAGGCAGGACAACCUCCUCCCCUCGGAUUUUAAAGCAGAAAGUAAAGAAGAGGGUGAGUGACAGAGCUGAUCAGCAGGGACACCUGGAACUGUUCUUCCAUCAGCCUCUUUCUUUAAAGUGACUUUUCCAGAAGCUUUAAACUUGCCACCAUCUGUGGAUUUCCUACAAGUGCUCUUCUCACUCAAAGGGCCACUGCCAACCCUCAGCUCUUGUGGAGUUGAUUUAUGGCAAGAGGUUGAUGUCAAAGGCAGAACAAAAGUCUCUUCCAACAAAAGAUAUUCUGUGAAGAUCUCCAACUGGACACAGGUUUCUGAGUCCAUCAGCAAACCUGGGGGAAAGAGGAGGGAUGGCACUUUGCUGCUUCUUGGGGUUUGUAUAUCUUUCAAGGGAAUUUCUUCUAAAUAAUAACAAUAAAAAGUUGGCCUUU